UGACGAUCAUGGACGCCAUCACUGUGCACGACCUGCUGCUCAACACGACUGAACUGGGGAGCCUUCUAUGCAACUUGGGCAUCAAGAAUAUCUCAAAUUGUGCGAGUCAGAGAACAAUUCUGCAGCAGCAGGAAGAGCAAUCAGAUAUCAACAACGGGUUGCGCAUCUUCCUCUACCUCGCCAUCUUCCUGGUCGGUGUGACGGGCAACGGGAUCAUCAUUGCGGUUCUGUCCCGGAACAAACGCAUGUGGACCAUCACCAACAUGUUCCUGCUGUCCCUGGCCGUCAGCGACAUGAUGGUCGCCCUGGUGUGCAUCCCCUUCACCCUCAUCCCCAACAUCAUGAAGAACUUUGUCUUUGGGAGCGGCACAUGCAAGAUGGUCAUGUACUUUAUGGGUAUCUCCGUGUGCGUCUCCGCCUUCACCCUGGUGGCCAUCUCCUUGGAACGCUACAGCGCCAUCUGCAAGCCGCUAACCUCCAGGACGUGGCAGACCAAAUCCCACGCCGUGAAGGUGAUUGGUGCCACCUGGAUUUCGGCCAUCCUGCUGAUGCUGCCUUAUCCAUUUUCCAGCACUCUGAAGCCCUUCACGCGCCACAACAACACUACGGGUUACAUGUGCCGUGUGGUGUGGCACAACGAUGCCAUCCUCAAGUCCUGGUAUGUGUCCUUGUUGGUGCUGCUCUUCUUACUGCCGGGGAUCAUUAUGAUGUUGGCCUAUGGACUCAUCUCUCUGGAGCUCUACAGAGGGGUCCGCUUUGAGCUCUCCGACAGGGCAUCAUCAUCAUCAUCAUCAGCUCGAGACAAACCAGUGAGCUUGAGAACUCGAGGGAGCGAUGGCGACGGCUGCUACGUGCACUUGAAAAGAGGAUCUACUCAGAGUGGAAGCAUCAGCGGCGCCUACGCUCUGGUCCGUGUGAGCCAACGCGGUAACAAGGCUAACCUGCUGAGUAAGAAGCGAGUGAUCCGCAUGCUCCUGGUCAUCGUAUUCCUAUUCUUCCUGUGCUGGACGCCCGUCUUUGUGGUCAACACCUGGCAGGCUUUCGACCAGGGCUCGGCCUACCGUCUCACAGGCGCGCCUAUUUCCUUCAUCCACCUGCUGUCGUACACCUCCACCUGCAUCAACCCCGUCAUCUACUGCUUCAUGAACAAGCACUUCCGCCACGCCAUGAUAGCCACAUUUUACUCAUUGCGCAUCCUCAAGGAGCACGUCAUUAACAUAUGGGGCAGGAUCACAGGUGCCAAAGUUUACCGGGGAGAGGUCCGUCAGACCCGGGAGCAGAGACGGCAGAAAAGACAAGAGCAGAGAUGCCAAGGAGAGGCCAAGCAGAACUUGGAGCAGCGGGUUGAGCAGAUGGACAUCAUGAAGUCAAACAUCCAAGUGACUCCUGACGCGUGCCAUGACCCUGACGGCGUGGAGCUGUCCGUCAAGCCGUUUGUUGAGAACAUGGAGCUGAGCCCUGAGCACAGCAGCGAGCAGAAGAGUCAAGGCGUGCUGAGCAACAUGACCUCCUGCAUGAGCAUCAACAGCGUUCGCUCGCUGCUGCCGCCUGAACUGGUCUGAAGGCCGUUACGAGACUCAGAGCGACAGGAAGCAACGUUGUGCUGUCACUGGACUCAUGGGAGCGUGACGCAGCACAACACUUGUAUGGGAUUUGGACUGGUAUGGAAAACAGGACUGUGGUAGGAGUCACUGGUCAACCACCCAGCUGCUCCUUUGGCAACGUGUUCAAAUCUGCAACAAAGACAUUGAAAACUCCAGAAGAGCAACGACACUCACUUUCAGUCCUCCAAGUGCUUGAAGGUACAAUGGCUACCUCUAGAUGACAUCAGUGAGUACAUUGUCACUUUUUAAAUGUGAUUUACAAAUGUGAUUUAUGUAGCUAAGGCAGUGGUUCUUAACCUUGUUGGAGGUACCGAAUCCCACCAGUUUCAUAUGCGCAUUCACUGAACCCUUCUUUAGUGAAAACAUUUUUUUUUUUUUUUUCAAAUUGAAGACAAAGUUAUAUGUUUUUUUACUGAUGCACAAAAUGAACAUUACCUUGUUCAAAGAAAAUAACUAACACAGUGCAUGAACUCACAACAAAUGACACACCUGCAAAUCAGUGUGACUUCUGCUGUUGCCUUUGAGAGACCAGUUCAGAUAUGCGUGGCUUCACCUUGGCAAGUGCCACUCUCAUGUCAUUUUCACAGCAAAGUCUGUUCCUUUUCUUCGUUUUCCACCCAGACAUACAAUACUAGUACACAGCUCAUGAAAAACAAUAUUUUUUGUUAUUGUCAUUGCAAGUGGGCCAAAACAAUUACAGUAUAUUAGGAAAAUAACCUCAUGGAAAUGACUGCUGUCAUUUGAUUAUAAUAAUAAAACAUUUAACUUGUUAUUUAGUGAGGUUUGGGACAGGUGUGCUACUGGUAUGACGUCGCUCACAUGUGCUCCACUGAAUGCUCAAGGAGUUUUUGCGUUUGCUCACGCAUAUGGAAAAUUAGAGGGAACAUUGUUUCGGGGUAUCCAUACUAACGCCAAUAGGGAGAAGUUUUUAUUUACACGAUGAGUCGGGUGUGUCUUGACCAACGUGGCGGAGGCUCCGCCGAACCCCUGAGGCCGACUCACCGAACCCCUAGGGUUCGAUCGAACCCAGGGUGAGAACCUCUGAGCUAAGGUGUUGUUGUAUCUUAGACUUAGACAAACUUUAUUGAUCCACAGGGGAAAUUGUUCCACACAGUAGCUCCGUUACAAAGGAUGCAAAGGGUAAGGAUGAAAAGGAUAAUGCAGGUAUAAAGUAGACUAAAAUGUACCAUAGUAGCAAUAUAAAUAAUAUGUAAUAUUUACAUACAAUAUAUACUGAUAUAUUAUAUUUUUAUAUAAUAUAUACAAUUAUAUAUACACUUAAGUACUAUACAUUUCAACCUUAGCCCUACUUGUGGGAGACAUCAAUGCCUUGUGAAACACAAGGAGAGACACUGUGUCGCUUGAAACCUCAAUGUGUGGGUUUUAUUUGAAGAAAAAUUAAACAUGUGCCCGAUACAGCUGCUGUGUCACUUGACUGCCAAGCACCAAACUGUGUUGAUCAACAAGUGACAGUUUGUACUAAAAUAAUUUGUAAGAGGGCCGCACUGCGUUUUGAACUAAAUCGGACUUAAAAACAACAAUUAAAUAGGAAAAUAAAUAGUUAAGAACGCCACCUGCUCAAUGGCCUUGUGGUUAGUGAGUCAUACCAAAGACUAUAAAAAUGGGAUCCAUUACCUCCCUGCUUGGCACUCAGCAUCAAGGGUUGGAAUUGGGGGUUAAAUCACCAAAAUGAUUCCCGGGCACGGUCACCGCUGCUGCUCACUGCUCCCCUCACCUCCCAGGGGGUGAACAAGGGGAUGGGUCAAAUGCAGAGGACAAAUUUCACCACACCUAGUGUGUGUGUGUCAUUGGUACUUUAACUUUAUUAUUUGGCUCAUUGACCAAAUUUGUGCAUUUUUUAUUAUUUUCUGUGCAACUAUUUGUUCAUAUUAUACAAAUAAAAAUUAUAUUUGCCAACUAUUAGUUUUACUUGCCGGUCAAAUAUACCGAUUUGGUGGAUUAUCAUUAUGAAACACCAACACAGUAUCAGUGCAGCGUCAAUACAGCUAGCGAGUGUGCCAUACAUUUACUGAGACAUAAUUUACACAUCACUACUAAAUUGGGGUCUUACCAGAUUCAUCUACAAUCUGUUCAGGCAGCUACUGUACUGUACUGUUGGACAUUAGCCUUAUCUUUUGUUUUCUAUGCCCGUGGUGGGACGCGGUGCACCUGCACCAUCAAAAGGUUUGAUUCCUGGUACUGUCCAGUGGAGAAAGAAUGAGGUCAUACCUUGCAGUGUAAAUAUCACUUCUGCGUGCCUAUUUUGACAACACAGCCAUGUUAUCUUAUAGAUAAUUGAAUGUCAAAUAAUGCUCAUGUUGUUAUGUGUGUGAUUAGUCAUUAAAUACAUAAAAAAGUAAGACUUUAUAACACUUUUUAUUCUCAUUUUUAUGACAUUUUUUGUGUUUUAAUGACAGACUGGAGCAUGACCCGGAGCUGGAAUAUGUACAAAAACU